AUGUUCUACAUAGUUCUGCUAUUCGCCGCCGCGGCGCUACUGAGCGGAGGUUGCCGUUCCGCUAACGUGAACAAACAUAUGAAGCUACUAGAAAUUGAUAAUAAUAUUGGCUUUAAUUUACAAUCCAGACAGGCAUCCAGAAAGUUCCUAACGCUGAUGAAGAAGCCCAACCCAAUGACAGUGAACCCCACUGGGGCACCACUGGAGCUCACUUGCGAUGCAGUUGGAGCACCAGCGCCUUCAGUACACUGGUUCAAGAACGACGCUCCAAUAUACGAGCAUGAUCUAGAAUCUAAUGAAGUAAUUGAUGCAAAUCCGACGUCGCUUGCAAGGGUGACCUCCACACUCUUAGUGCCACGGACAGAAGGGAAGGUGGAGUACUCCUGCGUCGUGGUCGCCGGUUCUAAUACGUUAAGGGCUUCUACGAUAGUUUACAGCACAAAUGGCAGCACCGACUUCGCGGAACGCUCGAAACUCACCCCACUAGCGCCACGAAUAUUAGUCACGUACAAAGUAUUCGUGGACUCGAUCGGCAACAACGUAGUACUCCCUUGCAGAGUGAAGGGGCAUCCCCGGCCGAAAAUAGCGUGGAGGGAUAAUGGCGGUCGACCGGUCGGCAGGGACCCAAGAAUGAAGGUGCUGCGUUCAGGCGAGCUAGUGAUCUCAUCGCUGCGAUGGAGCGACAUGGGCGAGUUCAUAUGCCAUGCUACAAAUAUGUUCGGGAGCCAACUUGCCAAAACAUUCGUAUACCCCGCUCGAGCCGAAUAA